CCAGCGAAGUUUUCUUUCACACGUUGAUCAUGACGCUUCGCGGCUCACGUUCUCUCAUUUGGAUGUACGCCUGUGUGGCGCUCGUCGCUGUCACGGUCGCGGUCGACCAAGAAGCGUGCGACAAAACAAAAUGCCCGGGCCCGUUGGCGUAUUACAAGGCGCUCGGCUGCAAACCGGUGUACGAAAAAGAAAAUGAUUGCUGCGCGACGAGAUACAAUUGCGAUCAUCUGUACGAACGAUCUAAGGACAAGUGUUACGUCAACGGCAAAACGUACGAGAUUGGCGAGAAACUCAAAGACGAAGAUGCGAAUCCCUGUGACAUGGGAUGCUUCUGCAAUCGCGGAUACAACGACAUCGCUACGUUCACUUGCGCCGUGGUCGAUUGUUUCAACGGAUUCGGUCUCAAGGAAGAAUGCUACAUAAGGCACUCUCUGACGGAAUGUUGCGCUUAUGAGGAAAUAUGUCCGGAAAAACCCGAAGACAGAGCCACCUGCGAAGUAGACGGAACAAUUUAUAAGGACGGAGAAUACUUUUCUGUGAAGAGCGAUCCGGAACUGAACUGUAUAUGCCAACCCGGUUACGAAGGAAAAAAUGUCGAACCUUUCUGCGUGAGACCGAAACGUCCGUAUUGCAGUCCGGAUUUCCGUCACGCUAGCGACAUUUUCAGCAAGUGCGCGCCGGUUUAUUAUCCCGGUCAGUCGCCGCAAACUGGUUGCGGCGUAUCUUCGCGAUGUCAAAACAACAACGACAAAGUUAUUCACGCCAACCACGAUUUGAAAUCUGGCGAAGCUUCCGAUAAAAAUGUUUGUCACUUCGGCAACAUGACUAUGCACCGUGGCGAAGAAUUGAAUCAAGCUACCGAUUACAGCUCCGUGUGCGUCAAAUGUGUCUGCGAGGUGCCACCGGUGCCAACCUGUCAACAAUUACCAGACACCGAGUGCGAUGUCACAAACCAUCCGUCUUUCCCACUUCCUUAACGCUUUUCUCGAAACUGUGAUAAUACGAUCAUUAUCUUUGUUAUUCUCACUCAAAAUUGUAUAAUAAAAACAAUAACGUGUAAAUGUAUAAAAAAAACCAAAUUAUAUAUUAAUAUUAGUAUGUUGACAAUAUUACGCUCGAUCGACCGCAAUAUCUCUAAUGGUUAUGCUCGUUAUCUCCAUAAACAAAACUCUCGUUAUCUUCGACCUUUUUCGCUUUUAACUUUCUUAUAAACCGUGCCGUGUUACACACACACUCACGGGAAUAAAGUUUUGCUAUCAUAUAGUGGCAAGAAAAAUUUGUCAACAGAUCUAGCAAAUUUUUCUUGUUGAUGUAGUAACUAAUCUUCCUGCUGCUCUUCAGCGAGUCUUUUUUUUCAGUGUUUUUCCUUCUCUCUCUUUCUCGAUGUACAAAUGUUUUUAAUUUAAUAAACUAAUAUGUGGCAAA